UCCACCACCGCCCCUCCUCCACCGUCCUACACGACGACUCUCGCCGCCUCCUCUCCUCCAGACAACCCCCCCGCAGCCUCCGAUGCCAGGACCUCAGUGCUGCACCCGCGCGUGGCCGUGCUGCUCGGCGUCGAGAAGCGCUGGCACAUCCCCCUCCUCUUCUGCCGCGCCCUGAGUACCGCCCCCGCUGCGUGGUGGGGUCUCCGCUGUGUGCUCACGUUCCUGGAUGAGCUGCUCAUGGGGGAGAAUCCUGUUAUGGCUGCGACGCCGUGGGGUGUGGAGCGGCGCUUUCGCGUCACCGAGGUGUUUCUGGCUGUGCUCUGGUGUUGUGCAAGCGCCUAUCUAUCUUUCUUCUUCACGGACUGCCUAAUGUCUCGUUGGCUUUUAAAUUAUACUCCUCAGGCAACUCUGGUCCGUCUCCUCACUAUCAACGCUAUAAAUGCCUAUAUAACGUCAUGGGUCCUAUAUCUCUCUGGCGGCUCUGAAGAUCCUCGUCUUCUGCUGCCCGCCUGGAUCAGUAUUGCUAGUACCCUCACCUUCCUGUACCACGUAACGCACCCACGCCUUGCUAUUCGCAAGGAAACCUCCUUGUCGAUUUCCAUCUUCUCUAUUGCCAGUUUCAUCAGCAUGUUUAGUUUGCUUUUACAGUUGCAUCUGACGAGGGAAGAUGAUCCCGCUGUACCCUUCUUUUCGAUUGCUAAACAGAGCUGGGCUUGGUUCAAGAUUGGGGUCAGGAUGAUUGGGCGAGUUGGGAGGGAAUUGUAG